CAAGAAAACAUCCUGGACGGACUGAGCUGCGUGCAAGUGCAAACCAAAGAAUGAGACAGAGCACUUGAGAUUGAAGACAGAUUAUGAACAGAUACUCGCGAGAUUGUGGACAUGUUUGACGAGCGACUGUGUGAACUGUGGGAUAUUUGAGAUGUCAGACUCAGAGCAUCAUUUCACAUCAUCCGUCAGACAGCUGUUGUUCGUAUUUCGUGUUAUAGAGCGCAGAGCUUCUUUAUACUGACUCUUUUCAAUAUACAAAACAUUAAGUAAACGGAUUAAAUCGGGAAACAAUAUGUGGCCAAUGCCAUAUUAUUUUGUUUUUGCUCUUAUUGCCAUUGUCCAGGAGGUGAACGGAGAACCACAUACGCGUCCCUCAGCGAUGCAGUUGAAUUCAACAUUACCCCCGCAAGAAGACUAUUCUUCAUCACAUAAUACAACAGAUGCAGCAGUUGGAUCUCGCAUUUCUACCAUUUUAAGGGAUCUUCCUACCAUCAAAAAUAUUUCGAUUUCUAUCUGCGUGUUAACAACCUUGCUUAUCACGUGCCUUGUCAUAAAAAUAUUCAGAUCGGCAAAGAAGAUCAGAAAAACGCGAAAGUAUGACAUCAUCACAACUCCCGCCGAGCGCGUGGAGAUGGCACCUUUAAAUGAAGAAAACGAUGAAGACGACGACUCGACCCUGUUCGAUGUCAAAUACAGGUGAAUGAAACGGUGCACUCAAAGUCACUGUUGAAGAGCCCCGGAGACCCCUGCGUGUGAACACAUCUCUACAGGGACCUUUGAUUUGAUUAAUUUCCUCAGAGCCUUGAAACCUCAAUGGAACAUGGCGACAAAUUAUAUCAAAUGUUUCUUGGUGUAUGCAUCCGUUCUGACAUUCCAAACCAACAAGAAAUGAAGUUUUAUGAAAGGAACUUUUCUGUUGGAAGCACAGAAAGAUAAUCAAAGAUUGAUAAAAAAAAUAGGUUUAUUUGCUCCUAAUGAAGGAGGCACUAAAGUUAAUCCCCCACAAAUCAGUUAUUGCUCUAAUUAUUGCACAAUUAUUUUUUAAAAUUUUCCUUUACCCCCAAAAAACAUUCCUGUUGUUUGGUAGAAAGUCUGUAAUUCAAUAUGCAUAAUUGCUCUUGAAAGUAUGAGGCAGCUUGAACAUUACUGUCACAGUAUAUCACAUUAAAGCUAUUUUAAGUAAUAUUUUUGGAAUGUGAUCAUAUAAAUAAUAAAAAAUAAUUGCAAUUAUUAAUUUAAAAACCCUACACAUGGAGCUCAAAUGUUAGGUUAAUUAAAGUUGUUUUACUUUUAAGUGAUUUAGCUGAGCUUGAAUAAGCCCAAAGUUUCAAAUGAAAUAAACAAGAUAUGCGAUGUUAUAUGGUUGUUUAUGCUCCAAUACAGAAAAUGUUUUUGUUUUUUUUACCCCUUUAUUGUAUACUAUUAUCUGUAUAUAUUGUAUGCAAAUUAUUCAUCUGAAAUAGUUUAUUUUUAGAAAGAUAUUUUGAUUUAAUAAGAGUAAUAUGUUUCAAACAUCCCUAUAUUUAGAGAAUUAUUAAUGUACUAACCACUAAUCGUGCAUAUUUACUGUAUAAGGGUUGAAUGUAUGUCUGAGAGAGGACGCGUGUUGUUGAGUUGGGAGAAUACUGUUUCCAUGAUGCUGCUCUCUGAGGUUGAGGAGUGUUUUUUAUUGUGUCACACACCUCCUUUUUUAAUGAACUGGUUUUUACAGUGGAACACUGCAGUGCCACACAUCAUGAAGGGUUUAAACAUAUUUAGCUGUUAUAGUACUAUGCCAGAUUUAAAAAGUCUUUAAAAUAUCUUAAAGCUACAGCGAUAUAUUGAUAUAAUAUUAUGUGACUUUUCUUUAGCUUCAGUGUGACUAUCUUAUUUUGAUGCUCCUACUAAGAUGUUAAUGUGAAGGACUCUUGUCCAGCAUCUAAGGACCAAUAAGAAUUGUAUUGAAUUAUAAAUGAUGGUGUAGCUGCUUAUUUUUUCUGACUAGUCUAAAACUGAAGUCAAGUAUAUGAUUCUCACUCACUCUAUUCUGUGUUUGAUCUAAUUGUUUCCAAUUGCCCCAAUUUCAUACAAAUCUGAAUUCAUGCUUUGAAGCGAAGGAAAGGAAUAGAAUGCUUAAAGUAUUAAAUGCAAACAAUUGCUGAAGUGACUGCAAAACGGUUGAGAUGAAGUGUUUUUUCUGCACUGUCUAAGGUGUUUUUCCCCCUUAGCAUUCAUCAUAAAUUGAACACGUCUUAAAAUACUUGCUUUAACAUUCUCCUGGUUUUGUCUGACAUGUUUGUUAGUCUAAACACUGGACAAAAAAAGUUUAGUUAUAUCAACAAUCUUUCUUUUCAAAGCAAACUUUAUGUCUGAGCUGAAUUGUAAAUGUUUGUUUAUGAAGAGUAUCAAAUCAUAAAUGUUCUUUUCUUCAUUCUUGAUUAAAAUAAAUCCAAAAUGCAAUAAAAAUCUUAAUUGAAAACAA